GGAUAAAAUAUAGAAAUGAAUCUCUGAAAUGAAAAAAGAGACGUUAUUGCAUGUUUUACUCAAUGUGAUGUCAAUGUCGUCUUGGUCAUUGAAUAAUGUUUGUAACAAUGAUGACAUUGACUGUCAAAAUUCACAAAUAUCUGAACCAGGGGAGAUGAUUUACGGACAAUGUUACCGCAACGCUGCACUUCGUAGAUUACUGAAAGUCAGUUUUCUUACAUGUCUUAAAGAAUGUAUGAAAACAUCAACUUGCUUUAAUGUCAGUUAUAGACGUGGCUGGAAAAUGUGUGAUAUAAAUGGAGAUCUAAAUUCGGAUGUAAAACUGGUACAGGAACACGGAUGUUUUUCAUCGAAUAUAAAUUCAUGGCCUAUGGCACUAAUAGGCAAAUGUGCAGGACACAAUUGUGCAGAAGGCCACAAAUGUGUUUUGAUAGAAGACAGAACUACAUGUGAAUUGGCAUAUUGUAUCGGAAAUCCUAAUGCCCCUAAUGCUCUAUUGAAUGAACCAUACGGACUUUCAAGAGACCUGGGCCACGGCAUGAUGUAUAAGUGCAAGAAGGGAAUGGAAAUAUCUGGGAAACCUUUUGCUGUCUGUCGAGAAACAGGACAAUGGAAAUCUUUGUUUAUCUGUGAAAUACAAUGUGAGAACGGGUGGAUAGGGUUUGGUGAACAUUGUUAUUACAUCGGACCUGAUAAAAAAACGUGGGAAGAUUCUGAAACUGAUUGCCAGAGGAAAGGUUCUCACUUGGUUAAAAUAGAGGAUGCAUCUGAAAAUCUCUGGCUGCAAAAUGUUAUUUUUGAGAAAAACAUUGAUAAACUGAGAAUUGGUGCACAUGAUAUUAUCCAAGAAGGAACAUGGCGAUGGAUUUAUGAUGACACAAUUGUAGAUUUCACGAACUGGGGCAAUAACCAGCCUAAUAAUUUUAACAAUCAGGAUUGUGCAGAAUUGUUGAAAUCCGAUUUCCGAUGGAACGAUGGUUCUUGCACAUCGUUGUUGCAAUAUGUAUGUGAGAAGUAGAUUGGAGCUUGACAUUAAUUAACAUAAUCAGAUGUAUGUUAUCUUGUUCUUGCUUAGGAAACUACCUACAUUAACAAUCCAUGAUAUAAAUAAUAUCUUGACUAUCAAAGUCAUAAUGUUUAGAACGUAUUAAGGUUUUUAUACAUCAUUAGUUUUCAUGUUUAUUCGUGUGAGUGUAGCUAAAUGAAAACUGUACUUAAGCUAGAAAGUUAAGGACAGAAACAUGUUAAGACGGAAAAUUGCAAGACUAGUCUUAUUGUGCAUCUCAAUAUUUGUAAAUAUGUUCAGGGAACGAAAUAAUGGGCCUUGACAACACUGAAAGACUCGAUCAAAGUGUAUGACCUGGUUCCUUCCCAAAAUCUAUCAAAGCAUGAUUCGUUUUUUUCAUUGAAAAAUUGCAAAACCGUAUAACGUAAAUUAAAAGCAAUCGUUCAACAGGAGUAUGAUGCCUUGUUGGGAAACGAUUUCAUUAAGAGGACAAUUUAUCAUUGUUUUGAUUCCGUAAAGACUUGAAUUCCUGCUUUAUUGACAAAAAAUAUAAAAUAAUUUUGCUUUGAAAAAAACGAUAACUUUUACGGCAAAAUACAGAGAAACGAAUACCUUUUUUCUUAAAUUUAUAAUGAUGUAAAUCUAAAUGUUCAUACAGUCUAUAAAAACUGUUCGGCCUUGCAAAUUGAAUGACACCCAUUUGUAUGCGAUUUUCUUAAUAAAUAUUCCAAUCAAUCAAGGUGGUGAUACAUGCACGAUUAAUUACGUAUUUCGAAAGAUUCCCUUUUAAAUAAAUUUAAACACGACAUGCUUGCUUUACAAUAAAAUAAAUAUUAAAUUUCGUUUGACGCAAAAUGUUCAAUACUGGUCUCUUGUGUAUAGUUGUCUCAUUGGCACUCAUACCACAUCUUCUUUUUUUUAUAUAACGGAAAACUGGGUCCUAUACAAAGAGAAAACGGGGUCUUUUUAUUUUGACAUACAUGUAGUCCUUUGAUGGCUUGUAAUGAGUUUUUUUUUACAGAAGAAUCAUUCAUGUCAUUUAUAUCUGUUUUUGAUGACCCUCACUCAACCUCGGGUAACUGUUGAUACUUGCAACAUUUGUAUGACUACUUAUAUGCUUAAUCUUUGCAUUAACGACACUUUUGUAUUUAGCCUGUAUUUAUUAGAUGCGAAGUGUGACCACUUGUUUGCAUAAUUUGUGCAUUAAUAUAACUUUUGUCAUUAGUCUGUAUUUAUUGAAUAAGAUGUAUGACCAUUUGUGUGCAUAAUCUAUGCAUUAGCCACAUCUUGUUAUUUUCAGAAGUUAUAAAAUAAGAUUUGUGAGGGUAUUUUGAUUAGUUAUCUGGAUCUCACAUAUAGUAUCUGGAUUUUACAUAUGAUUGUUGGACACACAUUUAUCAUCUUUUAAGAAAGGCGUUAUAUUUUCCUUAGUCAAAUUGGCGAUGUUUUAAACCACCAUUUGGUUCUCAAUGCUCUUCAACUUCGUUCUUUAUUUGAACUUUUAAACUUUUUUUUAUUUCGGCGUCACUGAUGAGUCUUUUGUUGACAAAAUACACGUCUGACGAUUAUACACAACUUCAA